AAAGAAUGUAACAUAUCACAUUACUUUUUUUAUUGAUUGAUUACAUGUUGAGUAUUGAUUGGUUACAUGUUGAAAUGAUAUUUCGGGUAUAAUAAAGUGGGGUCAGGGAAAAAUAUUUUUCCCAAAUAGGAAAAAUAAAUGGGUAAAAUAAAGCGUACUAUCAAAAUCAAUUUUACAUUUCUUUUUGUUUUUAUUUAUUUAUUAUUUAUUUUUGAGACCAAGUCUAGCUCUGUCGCCCAGGCUGGAGUGCAGUGGCGAGAUCUCGGCUCACUGCAACCUCCGCCUCCUGGGUUCAAGCGAUUCUUCUGCCUCAACCUCCAAGUAGCUGGGAUUAGAGGCGCGUGCCUCCACUCCCAGCUAAUUUUUCUUUCUUUCCUUUUUUUUUUUUUUUUUUUUUUAAGUAGAGAGGGGAUUUCGCCAUGUUGGCCAGGUUGGUCUCGAACUGCUGAACUCAAGUGAUCUGCCCGCCUCGGCCUCCUAGUGUUGGGAUUACAGGCGUAAGCCACCGCGCCCGGCCUUCUUUUUGUUUUUAAACGUCGUAUUGACAUUUUAAGAUGACAUCCGCAACUCGCAUCACUGGGACAAGCGAUUCUGGGUCAUGAAUUCUCCCAUUCCUCAUUUACUCUGCAGCACCGGGUGGCUGCGAACUCCGCUCUUCUGCUUGGGUUUCCACGUCACCAGCAGCUUCUUUCCUUCCCAGGUGUCGCCGCCUGCUUUCUGCAGCCGCUGCCCGAGACGGGUUCCGAGGUUCCGGGCAGCCAGAGCCCCGGAGGCCUUACAGGAGCGACCUGGCAAUUCCCGCCGCCAGCCGCCAGAGGAAGCUGCUUUGCUGCUGUCGUUGCCGAGCAACUCGUAGCCCGGAAGCAGUACCCCGUCCCUCUCGGUUCCGCGGCGGCCAAGCUCCGGGAGACUUCCGGCAGGGCGGGCGCGGGGUCUUGGCGAACGGUCUUCGGAAGCGGCGGCGGCGCGAUGACCACGCUACGGGCCUUCACCUGCGACGACCUGUUCCGCUUCAACAACAUUAACUUGGAUCCGCUUACAGAAACUUAUGGGAUUCCUUUCUACCUACAGUACCUUGCCCACUGGCCAGAGUAUUUCAUUGUUGCAGAGGCACCUGGUGGAGAAUUAAUGGGUUAUAUUAUGGGUAAAGCAGAAGGCUCAGUAGCUAGGGAAGAAUGGCACGGGCACGUCACAGCUCUGUCUGUUGCCCCAGAAUUUCGACGCCUUGGUUUGGCUGCUAAACUUAUGGAGUUACUAGAGGAGAUUUCAGAAAGAAAGGGUGGAUUUUUUGUCGAUCUCUUUGUAAGAGUAUCUAACCAAGUUGCAGUUAACAUGUACAAGCAGUUGGGCUACAGUGUAUAUAGGACGGUCAUAGAGUACUAUUCGGCCAGCAACGGGGAGCCUGAUGAGGACGCUUAUGAUAUGAGGAAAGCACUUUCCAGGGAUACUGAGAAGAAAUCCAUCAUACCAUUACCUCAUCCUGUGAGGCCUGAAGACAUUGAAUAACCCUGGGCGGUGGUUCUUAGGCAGAUACUCUAGAUGCUUUAUGGACAAUAUUAUUUUCAUUGGAUGAUUCUGGAGCUCUAUUAGGAGAAAAGUAAUCAUUUUAGAUCUUAAAGACUUCAAGAAAAUACAGGUUAUCAAUUUAUUUUAAAUCUCAUUGUUUCCAGUUAGCGAUAUCAUACCUGUUAAAGCUGUUGAUUGUGAACAAAAUUCAGUCAAAAAGGCAGCUAGGUCAAAAGGAAACACCACUCUCAUGGUUCCUAGUAUUCACUGUAUGUGUGCUAGGGAAAAGACUUGCUCCAGUGUCCUCCUCAGUUCUGUGCCUGAGAACCACUGCUGUGUAUAUUUGUUUUUAAAUUUUGUAUUGAACUGUUAAUUGAAGCUUUAAAAGCAUAUAUGAAAUAUAUAAAUCUAAGAUGUAUAAUA